AGAAGUUAGGCAGGAAGCGGAAGUGACGUGUUAAAGAAGCGCCUGCGGCGAGCCCGCCUCGCUUGCAUGGCGAUGAACAGCCGGCUGCAGGAGAUCAGGGAGCGACAGAAACUGCGCCGGCAGCUCCUGGCCCAGCAGUUGGGAGCUGAAAGUGCGGAUAGUAUUGGUGCCGUAUUGAACAGCAAAGAUGAUCAGAGGGAAAUCGCUGAAACGAGAGAAACCUGCAGGGCUUCUUAUGAUACUUUAGCACCAAAUGCAAAACGGAAGUAUCCAGAUGAGGGAGAGGCUGAUGAAGAAGAAAUUGAAGAAUAUAAGGAGGCUUAUAUUCACAGACAGCCCACUUCUUCCUUCAUUAAGAAGCGGAGUCAUAAUGAGGAGAGAAACAGCAUGUGCCUACAUGCAUAUAAAAUCUGCUUUAUUCCAAAGGAUGAAGUAGAACUGCAUCAAGAUGAAGAGAACCUGCCCUAUGAAGAAGAGAUUUACAAAGAUUCCAGUACCUUUCUGAAGGGAACCCAGAGUUUAAAUCCUCACAAUGAUUAUUGUCAACACUUUGUGGAUACAGGACACAGACCGCAGAACUUUAUCAGAGAUGUGGGCUUAGCAGACAGGUUUGAAGAAUAUCCCAAACUUAGAGAGCUCAUCAGACUAAAGGACGAAUUAAUAUCUAAAUCUAACACUCCCCCCAUGUAUUUACAAGCAGACUUGGAGGCCUUUGACACUAGAGAACUAAAGUCCAAAUUUGAUGUGAUUCUUCUGGAACCUCCUUUGGAAGAAUACUACAGAGAGACUGGCAUCACAGCCAAUGAAAAGUGCUGGACUUGGGAUGAUAUUAUGAAACUGGAAAUCGAAGAGAUUGCAGCCUCACGGUCUUUUGUCUUUCUGUGGUGUGGCUCAGGGGAGGGUCUGGAUCUUGGCAGAGUGUGUCUACGCAAGUGGGGUUACAGACGAUGUGAAGAUAUUUGUUGGAUUAAAACCAAUAAAAACAAUCCUGGAAAGACCAAGACUCUGGACCCUAAAGCAGUUUUCCAAAGAACAAAGGAACACUGCCUUAUGGGUAUUAAAGGAACAGUCCGCCGCAGUACAGAUGGUGACUUCAUCCAUGCUAACGUUGAUAUUGACUUAAUUAUCACAGAAGAGCCUGAGAUUGGCAACAUAGAAAAACCUGUAGAGAUUUUUCACAUCAUUGAACACUUCUGCCUUGGAAGAAGACGCCUUCAUCUUUUUGGAAGGGAUAGUACAAUCCGACCAGGCUGGCUGACUGUGGGACCCACCCUCACAAACAGUAACUUUAAUGCAGAAACCUAUGCCUCCUACUUCACUGCUCCAAAUUCCCAUCUGACUGGUUGUACAGAAGAGAUUGAGCGACUUCGACCUAAGUCACCACCUCCAAAAUCCAAGUCGGACCGAGGAGGUGGAGCUCCUAGGGGAGGAGGAAGAGGCGGGACUUCAGCUGGCCGGGGAGAGAGAGGGAGAGAGAGAAAUAGAACUAAUUUCCGGGGCGAAAGGGGUGGAUUCAGAGGGGGCCGCGGAGGUACCCACAGGGGAGGCUUCCCACCACGCUGAUUACAUUUCAGUCAUUAGUUCUCCCUCUGGUCCUAUGUCUCCUCUUCUCCAUAUCUUUUUUUAGUCUUGUUUCCACCGAGAUGAGUCAUUCCGGGGACUUUUUUAAUUGAUUGUGCUUUCUGCAAGCAGUUCCAGAUACUUUGCCUGCCCACAUCUGGCACAUCACCUUACUUGGCAGGUGGGAUCCAGCACCUGAUGUCAAUGAGCUAAAAAGCCUCCUGGCAGCUUUCAUUCACCAGGAAGGAGGUCAGAGCACACUGGGAACAUCAGAAGGGGUUAGUUCCCCAAGCUGUGAAUAGGAUUUGAAGAGGAGUUACUUGCUCUGAUCUUUUCCAACUUAGAAAAGAAUAAAAAAUCUUUCAGCUUUUUUCUUUAACGCUUCCCUAUAAAUGCUGAACAAAUCCUUCCCUUCCCUUUUGUGGAGGUAUCAUGAUGAUAAUACAGACUUGCAUUGUAUUUAUGGAAGGAAAAAUGGCGUGUCUAUAAUAGCAUUUAUUUCUUCCUCCCCUAUAUUCAUAACUAAACAGAGGAGUAAUAUUGAAUAAAUAGAGCUCUAUUUUUUUUCUAUUUGUUUUAAAUUUCCCCAGUCAUUCCUGGGAGUAGUUUUGUAGUAGUUUUAUUUUUGACUUGUCAAAUAUAUUUAAUACAUUUUUAUCUUUGAUGUUUGGACUGAAAAAACCAGAAACAAUUUUAUGUUGUCACUUGUAAUGCUUCAUGGAAAGCAAAAAGUGGCAGUCAUCCAUAUUUGAUCUAGAACUUCUGUUUACGUAGACAUGCAUUGUUUUAAAGUAGAGAAUCUUGCCCAUUGCCUGUUAACUGUCUUAUUCAUGACUAGGGAAAGCCAAGUUUUAUUACAAAAUAAAUGCAGUAUGAAUAAUGAAACAGCCCCAAUGGAGGUAAUAUUUGGGGAAAGGGAGAAAGCCAUAAAGAGGAAAAGUGCUUCCAGAGAAAUCUGGAUAAACUCUACCUGCACAAACAAUGCUCAGUGACUGAAAAAUUGUGUUUAAGCUUUGAAUAGUAAGUGGUGGGGAUGAGAAUGUCUUACAGAAAAUCAGCUUCAGAAUACAACUUCAAAAGAGAAAGUGAUACACCUUUAUUGUAACUGUGUGGUAUUUGGUUUUAGAAAAGCCAGCUCUGUAAAUCAUUUGUACAGUACUUGAUGCAUAUGAACAAAUCCUGGCCCCACUGAAGUCCAGGGGAUUUUGCUAUGGAUUUCAUUGGGACUAGAAUUUGGCCCUAGGACUCUUGUACUGCUUAUCUACUGAACUUUUAAAUGAAUGCCCUGUAAAGUGGUGAAUAAUGAAAUUUCUUUCAGUGUUGUUUUUGAUAAACAUCUUUCCUAAUAUUUUCUAGAAUUAUUUGGUUUUAUUUAAAUGCAGGUUUUAUUCAUUCUUCAACUUGCCUUUAAAGUUUCUAAUUUGUUGGUUUUCUGCUUAGACAAUUCAGCUUUCCUUUGUUUGUAAAGGAACAGAGGUUCCUAUUGUCAUAAUGGAUGAAAUCUCCAUCAUUGUUUUGCUUAGUAUAUUUUACUUACACACACACACACACACACACACACACACACACACACACACACACACACACACACACACACACACACACACACACUCUAUAAUUUGGACAGUUUACCAGACUCUGAUUUUAGUAACCGUAAAUGACAGUUGGUGAUGGGUGAAUAAAUCUCUCCAUUAUAUACAUUGUACUUCUACCUGUGUCACAUCUGCAAAGCUGAGGAGUGACUUGAAGUAGAAGUUGGUUGAGUUGGGGUCCUUGAAUCCUUGAUUUUCUAGAAUAUCAGUAGCUCAUUUGAACAUCAGUGAUGCUUGUAGCGGAUUGCAUCUGGAACAAGCCCAGACUGCUUAAUGGUUGUGUGCCACAACCUUGGAAUGGUUCUUAUUUUUCCCAAUUAUACUGUGCUCAUCCUGUGGUGUUUUAGUAGUGAAUAUUGUACAUGCUCAGCAUUACAGAUGGCACCCCCAUGCCACUGAAAACAGCUUCUGUAAAGGUGAGGAGGAAAGUGAUGUUAACCCAGUGUUUUCUUCCUCUGAUUCUUCUUCCUCACACACUUCUUCUCUACAAUUGAAGAACAAGUAUUCUGGCAUCAAAUAUGAAAGGAGCAUUGAAUCCUCGAUACUGCACUUUAACCUAAAAAUAACUCUUAAAGGAGAACUGAGAUGUCUUGCUUUAGUUCAGCAUGGCGGAGUUGGCAAAACUGCUUAAGAUGGGAAAGCAAUAAAUGUCUGUCAAUCGCUCUUAAGGCUUUAACUGCCUUUGGAUGCACACUGCUCCCACUGAUGCCAAUGAAAGUCCGAUUACACAUUGACAAACAACUUGCUCCUUGUUAACUGAUGAUGUUGACUCUCAGGAAAUAUGGAUUCUUGAAUGUCAUCCUGGGCAGUUUUCUGUACUUCAGAGGUACACUAGGGCUGUGUGCCCUGUUGUCAGCACUGAUACAGAGAGACUGUGUCUCCAUGUGACAAGGUAGUACAUUAUCCAUAUUUGGUCUGUCCUUGACUGACAACAUAUGCAGCUCAUUAGGGCUUUGUGGAGGUGACCUCCGUUCAUGAGAAACUGAAGUGAGGAUAUACUCUUUCCAGAUCGGCUAUAAAAAUGCCAACAUUUGGUAACUUCUGAUCACUCCUGGCCUGGGCCACACUUACACUUGUAUUCUGAGAGGAAAAGCUUUGUAUCCCAUUACUGAUGGCCAUCCAGUCUCUUGAUAGGAGCAUUUUCACAGGAGAGGGGUGAUAAUUGCACUCAUCCAUAAUUGGCUAUCAGGUGAGUCUUUUAUCUAACAUUUAGCUAAUUUGAGUGCUUCCCAUUCUUGAAGACAGAACCAAACAGAAAGUUCUCAAUUUCAAAUGUUGUCAAAUGCUUAAUGCCACCUUUCUUAUUUCUGCAGCCUGUUUUAGUAUAGCUGCUUAGUUCUUGUCAUGUCUGUCUGUUCAGGAAGUUACUUGUAAAGUAUGAUCUUCAAAGUUCUAUUUGUGCAGUAAGUGAAGGAUUUGACAAUUACAUGGGCUAGCCGCCUGGGACAGCUAAACAUGCUGCAUCAAAAGAAUUUUAAAACAUCAGUCGACUGCAAAUUGUUCUCUGUAAAUCUAGCCAUCUUGAGUCUUUUGCUCACAUAUGCUGUCACUUGUAAUA